AGGGACCCGCAGCCCAGGGCAAGAGCCGGAGUCCGGCUCGGGGCCGCGCCCGCAGGGGAGGUGGCCGGGCUGCCUGGCUGCCCCGGGCUGCUCCGCACCUGGGUGCUGAAGGCGUACCGGGAGCGGUGUGAUCCCGAAGCGGGUGGCCUGGAGCGUCGCUCUCCGCGGGCGCCGUACCCUACGGAGUAGAAGCCUUGCAGCACUACUUCAGGAGCCGCCGUAUCUUCGGGCAGUCAUACCAUACAGUUUGUGUACGGCAGAAAAGAGGGAAGUGGGCAGCUAACUCGACCUUUGUACUUGCUCCCCAAACUACCAGCAACUGCUGUAAAUUUCCCCUUUCAAUGAUGACUGCUUCAGAAAUACAGACUUUUGACUUGAGGAGAAAGCAGUUAAAAAAAGGAAGUGGUUCAACUCAACCUCAGUUGAGAGCAAGACGAAGGCUGCCAAAUAAAGCAUUUUCUCCAUAGCUUUGCAGACCUCCAUCUCUCCCACAGUGCAAAGUGCUGCCUCUGACAAGCUCUUUCCUGGUGGUAUUUCUAAGUGCAUAUGCAGGAUGUUGACGAGACUAUCUCACACAAAAAUCUUGAAAGACUGCAGUGGCUUUUUGCCAGUGAGAACUAAAGCAUGACUACCAUCCAGGAAGUGAGUGGAUUUUUCCUUCCAUUUCCCUGAACGACUUGCCAAAUUCCUGCAAAACGCAAAAUUUUUUUCUGAGGUUGUUGAAGCUCAUAUGAACAGAGAAGGAGGACCUUUUUUUUUUUUAAGUCCUGCAAAGCUACCUGGUAUUUGAAAUGCUGAAGAGGAAAUUACGGUUUUGCCACAACUUGCGCUUUAAGCUUUUCUUGGGUCUAACUCUCAUUUUAGUAAUAAUUUCAGUUUUGAAAGUUAACCAGAAAGAAGACUUCCUGAAUCGGAGACAUCUGGAGCUAACAAAGGAAGAUCCUAUUAGCAGUGUUAACUGCACCAAGAUUAUUGAGGGGGAUAUAGAAGAAAUACAAAAGGUACAGCUUGAGGCAUUAUCAGUGUCAUUUAAGAAACGCCCCAGACUAACAACAGAUGAUUAUAUUAACAUGACUGCAGACUGUGCCUCCUUCACCAAGACUAGGAAAUACAUUAUGGAGCCUCUCAGUAAUGAAGAAGCAGAAUUUCCAAUUGCUUACUCAAUAGUUGUUUAUCACAAAAUUGAGAUGCUUGAUAGACUUCUAAGAUCAAUCUACGCUCCACAGAAUUUUUACUGCAUUCAUGUAGACAAAAAGUCUCCAGAAUCCUUUUUUGCUGCUGUGAAGGGAAUAGUCUCAUGUUUCGAUAAUGUCUUUAUUUCCAGCCAGUUAGAAAGUGUGGUAUAUGCUUCAUGGAGCAGAGUGCAGGCGGACAUUAACUGCAUGAAAGAUCUCUACAGAAGAAGUUCAAACUGGAAAUACCUAAUAAACCUAUGUGGUAUGGACUUUCCUAUAAAGACAAACCAGGAAAUAGUAGAGAAAUUAAAAGCCCUUAAGGGUGAAAACAGCUUGGAAACAGAAAAAAUGCCAGUUUAUAAAGAAGUAAGGUGGAAAAAACACCAUGAGAUUGUUGAUGGUAAAAUAAAGAACACAGGCAUAGACAAACAGCUACCACCUCUCAGUACUCCAGUUUUUUCUGGUAGUGCUUAUUUUGUAGUUAGCAGAAGCUUUGUAGAAUAUGUACUAGAAAACAGCAAAAUACUUAAGUUCAUUGAGUGGGCGAAAGAUACUUACAGCCCAGAUGAGUACCUGUGGGCAACAAUUCAGAGAAUCCCUGAAGUCCCAGGCGCAUUUUCUUCCAGUGACAAGUAUGACGUUUCUGACAUGAAUGCACUGGCCAGAUUUGUCAAGUGGCAGUACUUUGAAGGUGAUGUGUCCAAAGGUGCGCCCUACCCACCAUGCAGUGGAGUUCACAUUCGCUCUGUCUGUGUUUUUGGAGUAGGAGACUUGAGCUGGAUGCUACGAAACCACCACUUAUUUGCUAAUAAGUUUGACACUGAUGUCGACCCUUUUGCAGUGAAGUGCUUGGAAGAGUAUUUGCGGCACAAAGCUCUGUAUCUGCAAAAGAACUGAAACGUAUGCUGCAGUUAGGUAUUUAUACAAAGGUGCAAAUAUUCUACUGCGACAUACUUCAACGUGUUACAGCAAUGGUGGUGAUGCUGACAAUGGGUAUAAUGACUCUCACCGUGUUGGUGUGGUGGUGCUCAUGCCCUGCCUUGUCCAUGGACAAGGGGGAGAAAAAGAAAUGUCUCGAAUAUGCCUUGUGGCAUACUGAGGCUUGGAGCUUUAGGUACAAAAUCAGACAGCAGUUUUUGGAAAGCCAACUAUUUGGAAUAUUUAUUAUCUAGAAGGCAUAAUUAAUGGACUUCCUUUGGCUAAACUGUUUUAAGGCAUAGAAAUGCAUAUUGUUAAUGGUUAUUCUCAUAUUUUUUUCCCCAUGAAUGUAAUGCUAGCUGGAAGAGAUAGAUGAGGGGGUAAAAAGCAGCUGGACUGCACUUCAUGUUAAGUACUGAAAGAUCUCAGGAAUAUAACAUUAGAAAUUAUCUAAAAGCUGUGCAAAAGGGGAUAUGCAAAGCCAGCUAUUACCAUUUUACUUAGAUCUGUUUGCUGCAGUUCUGUUACAUGGAAUUGUUAAUCCUCUUGAAAAUUUUGUCUUCAGCAUGGAGUAUUAAGGAAUUCAAAUCUCUAUUUUGUAUUCUUAAAGCACCCUGAUAUUGUGAUAUAUAUUGUGUAGGUACUUUAUACACUAGUUUGUAAUUACAUCUUCUCAGGGAAACUUCAGUCUUGUGCCUGAUGAGAUUUAGACUUGCAAUUUUACAUUUCUUACUGUAUGGGGAGUUUUGCUUUUGUAUCCAAAAUCACUCAAGCUUCUCAAAACUUAAAGAACUGCAGUAGUGUCUAAAUAUUACUGAUGGAACUGCUGGUUUCUGCUUUCUGUUAAGCUCAACUUGUAUUCCAGAUUAUUUUAACACUAAUUUUGGAAAAAAUAAAAUUAUUUUUUUUAAUUAUAUUGUCUCUUCCUACAAUUAGAAGUUGUAAAUUACAAGUAAAGUCCCUCUGAAAACACCACAAGUAACUCCUCAUGAUAAAGGCCAAAGAUAUUUUUACUAUGGUUUUCCAUACAUGACUGAAGCUGCAGCUCCACAUUAAUUCAGUCUGUGCUUGUUUUGAUUUAACUGGUUCAUCUGAUUUUAAUUCCAGUUAGGCCCUUGCUUAGUUUAGCUGCUGCAGUGUGGCACAGAAGCUUGGGCAUGAAAGAAGAGGGCACUGUGAAGGAUGAUAUUUCCUUCUGUAUCAAUUCAGGUUUGUCAUGCAUAGUUACUGCCAGAUGUCUCAUUCCUGAGAUGGCAGUGGAAUUCAAGCAUUAGCAAUGGGCAAAACAGACUCAGUUUUUUUAUUUGUGAACUGGUGCUGUGAUUGCAGCCUGUGUUUCUUACAAAAGCAGUUUGUUGUGAAGUUUCUCAGAAGAAACUUAGACAUACAGGACUGCUUACUGUUGAUCAUGCAAACAGCUAGGGAGUCAAGCCGUUUAAUCUGAAAUGGAGCCUGGUUUUGGCAAGCCCUGCCUUCAAAACCACCUGAAAGUUGAUCAGGAAGUUUUUAGAGACUUUCACAUUAGCAGGUAAUUAAAGCCUGUGAGCAAAGGCAGUUGAGGGAAAUACCCCAUCUUCCCCACCCUUUGGCUUGUCUCCAGGAAUGGUUUUGUAGACAGUUGUGCUUUUUCGCCUUUGCAGAAGCUACAACAAACUUCACUGCAUAUAGUAGUGGGAAUUUCCAGGAAGUCAUUUUUAGCAGAAAGCAGUUUUUAAGAAUUUGCGCCUAAAGACAGUCUACAUGAAUAUCUUCUAUGAGGCCAGAACUUUAAGCCUUCAAAAAGACUGAAAAAGUAAUGAAAAAUAAUAAAAUAUUCUGUGCACCGGGUGGACUGCUGACUCAG